ACCUGGUGUGAGCACCCGAGCUCGAACGCCUCCACGCCGCCGAGAAUCGUUUGCUCGCCGUCCGCCGCGCCUCGCUCCCGUCCGGCCCAAGCACCCCCAAAAGUCCACCGGAACCCUAGCCAUCUUCCUAGAACUCCCGCAUCAUGUCGGCCUCCACCAGCGGCGGCGGGGGGCUCUCGCCGCAGGCGGCCGCGGCCCUCCAGGAGGGCAUCGGGCUGGUGUUCGGGCGGUGGACGGCGCUGCAGAUGGCGGUGGAGAACGGGUGGGGCGGCCGCGAAUCCCGCGCCAAGGCCGACCGGCUCGCCGCCGACGUCCUCUCCUUCUUCACCGGCUCCAAAGGUCCAUAUUAUUAUGAUGACUUGGAGGAGAUGAUGUUUGACAGCAUAUCCGAAUUCUUCAAUGCUGACUUUGAGGAUGGAAGUGUUGGGGAGGUUGCUGAACAAGUAUUGAUUAUGCAUGAAGAAUGCCUGCAAAACAACUAUUCGUCGAUUGACAAGCUAAGGAACACACGCACUCAAGGAGCUGCUGUUUCCCAAAGUAGAAUGAUGGUAACUGAUGACGACGAUGAUAGCUCAGAUGACGACGACAAUAGCUCGGAUGAUGACGACGGCGAUGAAUCAUCAAUGUCGGUGGAUGAGCCAAAGCCUCCCAAGCCUGCCCCUGAUGCUGAUGGGUGGACUGUUGUGCCACCGAAGCGCGGCGGCCGUGGCAAGAAGUAAGCGCGGAAAGGAAACCAUGGCAACAAACUUGCCACUUGAGACUUGAGAGGCCGUUUUGGUCUGAAGGCUUUGAAGUGUGACUAGCAAAACCCUGGCAGCCACUUCCCUGCUACUUGUGGCAUUUUGGUCUAGAGGUUUUAAAGUGUUGCACUCUACCUGUAUCACUUGGAUUUUGUCAGGAAUGUUGGUUGUGUAGCAUGUUUUCCUUUGCUUGCUCUCGUGGUGUUCAGACCUUGGCAAAGAAAGAUUUGGGUUGUAAACUGGUCUAAAAUAUCAUUUUGAACUGAUGCUUAUCUGUAUGUAUAAUUCCCGUUUGAAUUCAGCUACUAUUUUAUGUUUCUUUUGCUCAAACAGUAUCAUGUGUAGGUUUGUGUUAUCUAAUAAUUACAUGUCAAGUA